AUGUCCAGUUUUACUGUCCUGCAGAUGUCCUCCUGUAUUUUCUCUUUAAAGCUUCUGCAGGUUUCUUUGGCCACAGGGGCCUGUCCUCCAGCAGAAGCGGACUUGCGUGUGCUGUGCGCGGCAGGGCCCGUGGGAGCAGCCGCUCCCGGGGCUGCUGACGGCACACGUUGCACGGCGCACACAUCUCUGAGUCGCACGCCUUGGGUUUCUGGUCAGCUUUCCACGUGGUGUGGAGAGUGCAGCCCGGCGGGCUUGGCCAUGGAGGAAAACGCUGCCCAGGAGGGGACGCUGGCUUCUGGACUGUGUCCUGUAGAUCUUCAUCAACCGUAA